GCGAGGCACAGUUCCUACCUACCUGGUGACUUCUAAACAACAAUAUGAAAUUCCUGGUCCUCCUCAGCUUGGCAGCCAUGUGCUGCGCCCGACCUCAAGUGGUCUUCCUGGUUCCCGGAGCUGACCAGCAAGCAGGGGCAGCUCCCCCUACAAUAACUCAGGAGCACAUCGCAGCCAUCCAGAGGAGCAUCGCACCCAUCUUGCAACAAAUCCAGUCUGGAGCUUUCCAGAACCUUCAGCCUGUUUCGCAGUUCGUUCCAAACCAGCAGGUUGCUGUGGCUGCAGAACCUGUAGUAGGUGCUGUUCCUGGAUUUGCUGCUGAGACACUUGCUUCCAACACCAUUGAUUCUGGUGCUGCUGCUGCUGCUGCUGCUGCUGAUGCUGCUGCUGUCGCCUCAUCAAACGCUGAUACUGCUGUUGCUGCUGAUGCUCCAGCUGCCGAAGCUUCUCCAGCUGGAGCAGAGGCCGAAGCUGCUGAGGCUGAGGCUGCCGAAGCCGAAGCUGCUGAAGCAGAGGCUGCUGAAGCUGAGGCCGCUGAAGCUGAGGCUGCUGAAGCUGAAGCUGCUGAAUUAGAGGCUGCUGAAGCUGCUGAAGCUGAAGCCGCUGAGGCUGAAGCAGCUGAAGCUGGUGCAGCAUAGAAAGGGCUGUCGAUAUUUAUAAUGUAGUUAUGUAGAUAUGCAAUUUUUUUUUUUUGUGAGAAAUGUACCUUUUUUAACUUUAUUGAUAACUCGAAGUUUUAUUAAACAAAAUCGUGAA